AUGUCUACAGAAAACAAUUCCCCGUUGCCGCCGUCCCAAGUUUACAACGAACAACAGUACCCUUCUGGCAUCGACGCUAUGGACUGGGAAUUGCAGCUAAAUAUUGCGGAUUCGUUCGGAACCGCCUUCGAUCAGCCCAAAGUUUUGGAAGGAUACAUGGACGAUAAUGCCGAUGCCGAGCCCUUUCGUUACUUGUCUCAUUGGUACGUGACGGACCGAGCGAGUCCGACACCAAUGCAGCGUGUGGCUUUGCCGGCGGAUUAUGUCUUUACACAAAAAUCCCUCUCGAUUGCGGGUUGGUUACAGCCCUCCACGUCGGCCUCGAAGUCAACCGCUUCCAGAAACCUUAGUAGUACUGCACCGGAACCCAUCUUUGUUACCCUGGACGCUGCCGAAUACCUCGCCUUUGAUCGAACCCGACGUUACCGAGGAUACUGGGUUGGCACUGCGGACGCCCUUUACUGGCUGCAGCAACCCGAGACUAAGCGCUGGAACGGCGCUCUCUCGCAACAAGACUUGCACGUGGAAUGGCGGGCCGCGCUAGCUCUAUUGAGUAACUUGUUGGAUCUUGUCUUCACUGACGAACGCACUGCGGCUGUGUACGCUCGUUCGACUAUGUUGGAUACCUACAAGGCACUCACGGAUCAGUGUGGAGACGAACCGUUUGACAAGGAACUGCUAGUGCACUUGCGUAAACUGGUCAAGCCGCAUUUGAUUGGAGCGUGCCCGGUCUUAUCGGGGAAUUGCAAGUUUUUGAAAUCCCUCAUGGCAGCCAAACCCUCCAAAUCGGGUAGCCUUACACCGGAACGCAUUCUGGAAUCCAUUGCUGUUGCGGAAGCGCGGUCCCAGAUUCAUCCCUGGGGUGAAUCGAAAAUUGCAUUGGAUCGACCUUUCGACCCGGAUGACUUCGCACCGGAAGUAUUAGGGAAGUCGGAAAAGGGCGUGGAGACGAGCAUCCCGCAACCUGGGAAGAAGAAGAAGAAGAAGCGAAAAGUAUCAGACUGUCUCACGGAACAGCAAAAAGGCCAAGCCAAUCAGAAGACGUCCCGUGUUCAGCUCGAUGCUGGUAUUGCGGGUGAUGUGUGCAUUGUACCGUCAGACAAGAAUACGUUCUGCCCCCUCAAAAAGAUCAAAAGACCCACGUUCGCGAGUGAUACCACUGUUGCGUCGGAACCACCGUUUUUGGCGUCAGCUUCUCCUUUGGAGAUAGCGUUGAUGACUCCGUUGGACCUGGACCAGACCUUGUUGGACAAAGCUAUCCAACUGAAAGGAUCAGUAAUGGUCUCGUCAACCCUCACGCCAAAAUGCGCCAGCGGAGCAAAUUCUUUAUACGGCUCAGACGACAAUGUUCCUAGCCUGCACUUGAAGCGCAAUAGAAAGGCAUCCAACAAGCGUAAGGCUGAUAUCAAUAUGCUGAAGACGGCCCAGAAGGCGCAUUCCGCCGAAAGCGGCACAGUACAGUCAAAGGAUGGUGAUAAGGGAGGUUUGCGUCUGCUGGCUGACACGGAGAAAGCAGCGGAUGCUGUGAAUACUCAAUGCCACGCCGAUGCUCACCGCCUUAAGACGUCCAAGAAGGGUCGGUCCGACAAAAAUGACAUGGCAAGUUUGAAAGACACAGAAUCGUCGAUCGACAGAGCCGAUGAUCCGGGCCUUUCAUGUACGCGCUUACCACUGAAAAGUGGCGACAAAGCUGCAGGUGCUGCUUUUGAAUCGAGGGAAAGGCCUAAGCUUCUUCAAAAAACGCAUAAAAAGCCUCGUCUUUUAAAAGAGUCCAACCCGUUUGAAGACGAAGGACGUGAAGCCGUCGUCGAGCAGAGGGUCAACCUCGCAGAUUUGCCAGCGCAAAAAAAGGCCGAACCGAUGUCGCCAACUAUGACCAUGAAAGAUGCGCCUUCGUGAUUACUUGAGUCCACGCCCUCUUCGUACCGACAAUUAUGAGCACUGGGAAGCUAUCAAAAGCCGUGGUCACUCGUUAACGGACGAAGAGACAGUUAUUUCGCUAUUUAGACUUGUCAUGAAAGAUUUGGACUUGGCGUCAGAACCGCUGGAGCUAGCGUUGGUGAUUGUCGAAGCUUUUCGUCAAAGCUGUUGCAAACGCGAGAACGAUGCGGUCAUAAAACUUUUUCGUUUCAAGAAGGCGAUAAUGGCACAGAAGAUAUUUCACGACUGGUUCCGCCACGCUCUCGAAAUUUUAGAGGGCUAUCAAAAAGCUGGAACGAGCUUGGAUGGAACGAUCGCUCUGUUUUUGGUCUUAUCCAUUGUCGACUUGAUUGCUGAUUUUAAAAUCGUUAAAAGUGCCGACACCUUAGCUAAACUGAAGGACGAACGGGGUGUGGAUUGGGAUUCGAUCCUGAUCGAGGUAUACAUUGCUGCAAUCAAAUCGAAAAACGACUCUCUCAUGACGGCUUACAUGCGGGCAAAGUUACGUUUGGAAGGAAUCAAGGCCCAAGAUCGCAAAGAUUUAAUCUCAAAUUCACUGUCCCCAAGAGACCAGAUCACAUUGAGCGUUCCAAAACCUGACGGCGCGGUUUACGCUACGCCAGCAGAAACGGAGAGGACUCUCUCCGUUGCCGUUGAG